AUGUCUGCUCAUAUCUUGCUAUAAUAAAAAAUGGAUCACGAUAAAUACUUUUUUGCAACUUUACUACAUUCUAGUAUCAUAAAAACUCAGUUUGGCUAUUUGGGCUUCAUGAUUACUGAAGGUUUAUGGAUUAAACUAAGUGUGUAUUAUUGUUUUGAAAUUCCGAAAAAAAUUACUAUUACAGAAGCAGAAACAUUUUAUUUUCUGGAUUUAGAGAAAUGUUAAGCUAAAAAAGAGGAAAUUAUAGAGUCUGUAUAUUAAUCUUUAGUUUAUUUUAGGGUGUGUGCAGUAUUUUUGAAAAGUUCUUUAAUUCUAUUGUUUUAUUGACUGUAAUUCUAUUACAAUAAAAAUA